AUGUCUGAUGCACCUGUUGCUCCAAUAAAAGCACCAGAAAAAGCAGUUGCAGUAGCUGCUAACGUUGAUUCUGCUCCUGCAGACUCACCAUCUGGUAAGCUCUCUAACAAAGAAUUGAAAGAAUUAAAGAAACAAGAGAAAGCUGCUAAAAGGGCUGCUCAAAAAGCUGCCAAUGGUAUAACUCCAGAGCAACAAGUCCAAUUAGCAGAGCAAAAAAUGGAAAAAAAGAAACAACAGCUUGCAACCAAUACCAAUCUUAAAAAACAACUCCAUCAAACCUUAAUUAAAGACGAUAAUGUUAAGAAAAUUCCAUCUUUAUUUAGUCAUUUGGAAACUAGGGAACAAAGAAAUGCUGCAUCACCAUCCAUUUCCCAUAUAGUUCACCCGGCCAUAUUAUCUCUUACAUUAAAAUACUCAACCUAUAAAGUUGUUGGAUCUAUCGCGAGAUUAAGAAAUAUGCUCGAAGCUUUCAAGGUAGUCAUUAGAGAUUACAAAACUCCCGAGAACACCACUUUGACGAGACACUUAACUGGCCAUUUGUCUCACCAAAUAGAAUAUUUGAAAAGUGCUAGACCAUUAUCGAUAUCAAUGGGUAAUGCUAUCAGAUGGUUAAAACAAGAAAUUUCUCAUAUAUCCAUUGAUACCAAAGAGCUGAAAGCAAAGGAUAUAUUAGUAGAGAAGAUUGACGACUUUAUCAAGGAAAAGAUUGAUUUGUCUGAUAGGGUCAUAAUUGAGAAUGCUUCUCAGCAUAUAUUGGAAGGUUCAACUAUUUUGACAUACGGUCAUUCGGACGUCUUGGAAGAGUUGUUCAAAUAUUGUGUCCUUGAACAAGGUAAGUCUUUCAAUUUGAUUAUUGUUGAUUCAAGACCAUUGUUUGAAGGUAAGAAAUUAUUAAACAGUCUUGUGAACACCAAUAUCAAGGCUACUCCAAUCACUCAAGACUACCUUAAAGUGAACUAUGUUCUCCUCAAUUCAUUGUCAAGUACUAUAUUAGCAGACACUGAUUGUGUAUUCUUGGGGGCCCAUGCUAUGUUAUCUAAUGGUCAUCUUUAUUCAAGAGUCGGGACUGGUUUGAUUGCAAUGAUGUGUCAUACUAGAAAUAUUCCUGUAUUGACUUGCUGUGAAUCAGUCAAGUUUUCAGAUAAAGUCCAAUUAGAUUCGGUUACUACUAAUGAAUUGGCAGACCCAGAAGAUUUGGUUGAACAAAUCCAUUCCAAGAAGCCACCACAAAAGAAGUCUUUUGCAUUGGAACAAUUUAUCAAGCAAUGUGAAGAUGAAAAGAAAUCAGAAGAACCUACAAAAAACCAACCCAAGAAAAAGCAGAAUAACAAAAAGGAUGAAGAACCAGAAAAAGAGGAUGAAAAUGCUCCUUUAAAAGACUGGAAGAGCAAGGAGAAUAUCAGCUUAUUGAAUAUCAUGUAUGAUUUAACUCCUCCACAAUAUAUCAAAAAGGUUGUCACUGAAUUAGGAGCUUUACCUCCUUCUUCCGUUCCUGUUAUAUUGAGAGAAUACAAGAAUACAUAA